UUGUAGUCUUCAUAGUUUCCUCAACCAAACACUCACUGAUGUUGUGUGAUAAAACUAGAACUCAGCCGGUGGGCGAGAGGGUCUUUAUUCACAAAAAAACAACUAACCAGUCGUUAUUGCCGUUAUUCAGCACGUGGUUUGGGUGCUGUACCAUUAGCCGGAUGUAUAGUUUAGCAGAAAGCGACGGCUUCUAUUUCUAAUCUUAACCUAAAGCUGAUUUUAUUGUUGUUCUGCUCCUCGAAAGGCGGGGAAUACAAAGCGUCGUGUGCUUACAUCUAUUACAAUUGCACUUGCCAAAGCAAACUAUCGGAAUUAUUGGAAACUAAUCAGUGGAGCUGCAACUGGACCUAAAUACAUGGAUUAUCUGUGUUUCCGGGCACUGUGCUGUAAAGGACCCCCGCCGCCGCGACCAGAGUACGAUGUGGUCUGCAUUGGGCUGACGGGCGCAGGGAAGACCAGCUUGCUCUCGCGCCUCUGUAGCGAGGGCAGCGAGGGCAUCGUACCCACGACAGGUUUCAGCAUCAAAGCAGUGCCAUUCCCAAACGCCAUCUUGAAUGUAAAGGAACUCGGAGGUGCCGACAACAUCAAGAAGUAUUGGAGCCGGUACUACCAGGGCUCUCAAGGCGUGGUGUUCGUCCUGGACAGCGCCUCGUCGGACGAAGACCUGGAGGCCGCCCGCAACGAGCUCCACUCUGCCCUGCAGCACCCCCAGCUCUGCACGCUCCCCUUCCUAAUCCUCGCCAACCACCAGGACAAGCCUGCCGCGCGGACCCCAAACCAGGUCAAGAAGUACUUUGAGUUGGAGCCGCUGGCCCGGGGGAAACGCUGGAUCCUGGAGGGCAGUGACGUGGACAACAUGGAGACUGUGAAGGACACCUUCGGCCAGUUCAUCAGCCUGCUGGAGGAUAAAGACACGGAGCCCGCUAGGAUAUGAUGCUAGCCCUGCUAGCGGCUAACCCCCCGGACUCUAGAAGCUCAUGAGAUCACGAUCAAGAUGUGGGCUACCACAUCCUCCAAGUGUAUACACACACACACACACACACACACUAACACACACACUAGCGUACACGUGAAUGCACAAAAUCAAACAGUAAUGUAAAAAAACGCAACACAUUUCAAUAGUUGAUUCUUGGUUGCUGCUAUUUAAAAGCACCGUGUAGGCAACUUCAAAACCGAAUCCACUAGGCGGGUAUGGAGUCAUACAGCUCCGGCCCUGUCCUAUCGGAUGAAUAUGAAUGACUCUAAUCUCCCUUAUGUUGUCAUUGGACACGCACAUACAACGUUGACACACCUAUACACACACACACGCACGCACGCACACACACGCACACACGCACGAACACACACACACAAACAACCACAUGCCCACACACACACCCACACACACACACGCCCACACACAAAGAGGAGCCCAGGUUGUCUGUAAAUAUCUCUAGCAUCUUUCACUAAUUACGUCGCAGGAUGUUUGGGUCAGCACGAUUGAUUGUCGGUCCGCUUCAAACCUAAACUGUACUGUGCGGUCGUCAUGCGUACUUCUCCUUUUGACUCUGUAUAGAGGAAUGUCGUUGCGUAAUUGGAGUGUAGUCCACAGCCUUGCGUGUGUGUGUGUGUGUGUGUUAUGUACAGUAGUUACAUAUCCAUGUGUUUCGGCACACAGACCCGUGUCUAGUCGAAUGAAUCAUUGGAAUAUCUUUAAGUAUCGUGUACAUACAAUAGGAGAGCAUAAUACUGUAAUCCCCUGGCCCCCAUGUGCGACCCAAAGCCUGCUUCUACAGUUAUUAGGACUUAGUAACUUGAUGGAGAAAAACAGGCUAUUUUGGAGCAAUGGGAACGUGUCCGUAUGCUUUCCUUUUUUUUUAAUGUGCAACUUGAGAUAUAUUUUGUAGCUAAUUAUAAAAUCUGUUAACAUUUACAAAAUGCUUUUUAGAACACAUCAUUGUUUUUAUAAAUAUAUCACGUAGCUUUGUUCAUAAAGUCUUAAUCCCAGGCCAAGGGGCAAUGAUUGACCUUGUUUGGUGUAGCCGUCGAGAAAUGAAAGGGGUCCUCGCCUUGUUGCUGGAGUGAAUGUCCACCUUUUUUAUUUUUAUUUCUCCCUCCUCUGUCUGUCUUGUUCACUCCCCGGUCGCACCUCUCCUGUGUGUGUGUGUGUGUGUGUGUGUGUGUGUGUGUGUGUGUGUGUGUGUGUGUGUGUGUGUGUGUGUGUGUGUGUGUGUGUGUGUGUGUGUGUGUGUGUGUGUGUGUGUGUGUGUGUGUGUGUGCUCCCACCACACUCCCAUCAGGGUGGAAUACAAACUCUAUCAAUCAGCCAGGCCAGCAGCUGCAGCUGACAAGUCCCUGUCCGACACACUAAUGCCUUCCAACUGUCUGUGAAGACCCCUCCCUGUCUGCUACCCCAUUGCCUUGUCGCGGACCACCCCCAGCAACACACCAC